AUGAGUGUGUUCGUGCCUCCGGCUACCUACAAUGAUAUCGGUGCUAGACGCAAGCAGUCUUCUGUAAUCGUCAAAUUCCGAGAUGACUCUGAUGCUGUCAGUAUACAAGGUGAGCUUUUCAGUAAUGUGCUGGCCGCAGUAACGCUAUGUCACGCUAUCUUUGUGUAUGCAAAUUUAAUGAAGUUCAAUGAAGCUAUAGCAUUUGCACAGUACGUCGGAAUAGCAUUGCACAAAAUAUAGGUUUUGUUAACGAUUAUGAAUGCUUUAAGCUUAAACUUUUGGACAUUCUCGCUUUCAUAACUGUUUGCUUAAAAAACAUAAACAUUUUUAAUUUUAACACAAAACUAAACGUAAUGUUCAGGGCCGGGCGCAAGGGGGGGGGGGGGGGUACCCCCCCCCCCCCAGAAAAAAAAUUUUUUGAAAAAAAGUUGAUCGUGGUCCCCCCUGUGGAUUUUUGGAAAAAAAUUUUCGCAAAAAAUCGGCAGCUACCUGUGCCGAUUUUUGGGACCCCUGCCCCCAGACCAAAAGUCCCCGCCCGGCCCUGGUAAUGUUAUACUAUACAGUACUGUUAUUACUCUAAAUUAAUUAUAUUUUUCAUGGAAAAUCAAAGAACAUUUUUAUGUUUUAUUGUAAGCACCGUUAUAAAUUUUACUUCUUAAACUCAAACACCUAGUAGCUUCGUAUACUGUCUGCUUCCACCGCUGACACCAUGCAAACUGUUGUAAUUGGUUGUAAAUGUGCUAGACGUAAAGGCCAACUGUUUGUGGUUAUUAAAUUAGAGUAAUAAACCGCUUCAAGUCGCUUCUCUGUCCGUCUAUUCACAUACUAACACGUACUAUAGAACGGAUGAUUCAAUCAAUGUCGUCGUACUUAAUGAGUGAGCAACGAUGGCUUCAGAAUCCGCUGGCGCCGUUGCGGAAGAUAAGUUCGUACACAUUGAGCGAGGGUCUUCUGUUCUUGCCACCCCCGUCACCUGCCAAUCUUACUGUGCAAUCCUACCACUCCCCACCCUCACCGUCCGCCUCGUCCCAAUGGAUCGUGUCCAGUAUAAAGGGUAAGUGGAGAAGGAGGGAGAGUACUCGAGUGUCCAUCAUUGACCCUUAA